AUGGCAAAUGUUAAAGGAAAAUCACAUGGAGACCAACUGAGUGAAUACAAAGCCUCACAUGAUAAACCGUUCGUGCUGACCACAUCGAACGGAGCACCGAUAUUCGAAAAGAAAGCCUCGUUGACAAUUGGUCCCCGUGGUCCAAUUCUUCUGCAGGAUGUCAUUUACAUGGACGAGAUGGCACACUUCGAUCGUGAACGCAUCCCAGAACGAGUCGUGCAUGCAAAAGGCGGAGGUGCUCAUGGAUAUUUUGAGGUAACCCAUGACAUAACGAAGUACUGUAAAGCCGAUCUGUUCAGUGAAAUUGGCAAGAAAACACCUGUUUUCAUGCGUUUUUCAACUGUUGGUGGUGAAGCAGGAAGUGCCGAUACUGAACGUGAUCCACGUGGAUUCGCCACGAAAUUCUACACCGAAGAAGGAAACUGGGAUCUGGUUGGCAACAAUACGCCGAUAUUCUUCAUUCGUGAUCCGAUCUUCUUUCCGAAUUUCAUUCAUACACAAAAACGAAAUCCUGUCACACAUCUAAAGGAUCCAAAUAUGGUUUGGGAUUUCUUCUCGUUGCGUCCAGAAUCAACACAUCAAUCAAUGUUUCUGUUCAGUGAUCGAGGCACACCCGACGGUUUUAGACAUAUGAAUGGUUACGGUUCACAUACGUUCAAGUUGGUCAAUCAAGACGGCCAAGCGGUCUAUUGUAAAUUCCAUAUGAAGGUUGUUCGCACUGCACAGGGAAUUCGAAAUCUGUCGGCUGAUCUUGCCAGACGACUUGCCGGUGAAGAUCCUGACUAUUCAAUUCGCGAUUUAUACGAUAAUAUUGAGCAUGGUAACUACCCAAUGUGGAAUUUCAUGAUACAGGUGAUGACAUUUGAAGAGGCCGCUCAAAACAAGUUCAAUCCAUUCGACGUGACCAAGGUAUGGUCUCAUAAGCAAUUCCCACUAAUACCAGUCGGUAAAAUCGUCUUGAACAAGAAUCCGAGUAAUUACUUCGCUGAAGUUGAGCAAUGUGCGUUUGCACCAUCACACGUCGUUCCUGGAAUUGAAUUCUCACCUGAUCGAAUGCUUCAAGGGCGUCUUUUCGCGUAUCCAGACACGCAAUUCCAUCGUCUCGGUCCGAACUACGUGCAACUGCCAGUGAAUUGUCCAUAUCGUGCACGAGUACAUAACACACAACGUGAUGGACUGGCGGCACUUGGUGAUAAUCAAGGCGGUUUACCGGCUUAUCACCCGAACAGCUUCAAUGGUGCUGUCGAACGAAAGGACGUACGCGAAAGUGUUUGGCCGAUAAGUGGAGAUGUGAAUCGAUACGAUGACGGUGAUGAGGAUAAUUACAGUCAACCUCGAGAAUUCUGGACGAAGGUCUUAUUGAUACGCUUUCUUGCAUUAAAAUCUCCUCCCAUUUAA